AUGACUACGAAAAGCAGCAUCGGACCAAGUCCACUAAACGUCAGUGGCCUGUGCCUCCUAUCCCUGGAUGGCGGCGGUGUGAGAGGAUUGUCAAGCCUCUUAAUAUUGAAGGAUAUUAUGACACAGCUCAAUUCAGAGCACGAGGAUAGCCAACCGCUCAAACCUUGUGAUGUUUUCGACCUGAUUGGAGGUACAAGUACAGGAGGACUGAUCGCUAUAAUGCUAGGACGGCUGGAAAUGGGUGUCGACGAGUGCAUCCUUGCAUAUACUGAAUUGAUGGAAUCCGUCUUCAGCGAGAAGAUUAACAAUGUGCCAGUUGACUGGUCUGGAAAUAUCGUAUCGCAAUACGAUAGCAAGAAGCUCAAAAGAGCGAUUGAAAAUGUCAUUAGACGUGUUGGUCUAUCUCCAACCGACCCGAUGGAUGAUGGGAAGCCCCGUCGCUCCAAAGUGUUUGUCUGCACAACCUCCAAAGACACGUUACAAGUCACACGACUUCGAAGCUAUUCCGUACCCAAUGAGAACACGUUACCGGCCACAAUUUGCGAAGCAGGUUUGGCAACAUCGGCCGCAACGAGAUAUUUUGACCCAGUUUCGAUCGGGAAUCGUCAAUUUGUUGACGGUGCAUUCGGCGCCAACAAUCCCAUUGAAGAAGUAGAAGAAGAAGCGGCUGAUAUUUGGUGUACCACAAGUCGGGACCUGAAGCCAUUGGUAAAAUGCUUUGUUUCGAUUGGGACGGGAAAUCCUGGGCAAGUCUCUAUGGAUGACAAUGUGCUAAAGUUCCUCUCAAAGACGUUGGUCAGAAUGGCAACUAAACCCGAGAGCACCGAGCGUCGCUUUAUGGCUCGAUGGAGCAAUGAGGUAGAGGGGAAACGUUACUUUCGUUUCAAUGUUGAGCAAGGACUGCAGCAAGUCCACAUGACAGAGUUUGAGAAGCGAAGUGUCAUGGAGUCUGCGACAUAUGCCUACCUCCAUCAUUCAUCCCAGAAGGUUCGGGUUCGCGAUUGCAUCCUGAAACUUUCGGGUAAAGAGGGAAAGACUGAUGUUGACUUUGAAACAACGAUGCGGGAGUUUCAAUCUCGACUUGUUCGCAAUCGAAUCUUGCAAACAAUACACCCACUAAGCAACCACGCUUCAACUAUGGUGCCAUGCUGGGUUGUUCCAUUCGAGAGAAACCCCCGAUAUGUUGACCGUCAAGUCGUGGGAAAAGUGAAAAGAAGAUUGUUCAUCAACAACAAGUGGGAAAGGAUUGCUAUAUUUGGUCUCGGAGGAGUUGGGAAGACUCAGAUUUCUCUGGAGCUUGCAUAUCAGACGAGAGAGUUAUAUCCAGAUUGUGCCAUUUUCUGGAUUCCUGCGGUUGAUAUGGAAAGCCUUCAGCAUGCCUACCAGACGGUGGCGGAUCAACUUGGAAUUGUUCCCAACAAAAAUGAGGAUGUGAAAUAUCUAGUGAAAAGUCACCUCAGCGAACCAAGUGCUGGAAGGUGGUUGCUGAUUUUUGACAAUGCCGAUGAGAUCAAUAUGUGGAUCGAAAGCGAAGAUUCCACAACAGGCAGACUUAGGGAAUACCUUCCUGCGAGUGAUCAAGGUGCCAUUGUAUUUACGACACGAAGCAAUAAAGUCGCCCAAUACCUUGCCGAUACAGACAUUAUUGAGAUUCCUGAGAUGGAUGAGCAUAAAGCGACUGACGUUUUACGAAACUCCUUGGUCGAAAAGGAACUUCUGCAGGACAUCAACAGUACCAGACAGCUGCUUAGCCGGUUAACAUUUCUCCCCUUGGCCAUUGUUCAGGCCGCUUCAUUCAUCAACGAAAACAGAAUGCCACUCAGCAAAUACGUUGAACUUUUGGAUGGACAAGAGCAAAGCGCCGUCGACCUGUUGAGCGAAGAUUUUGAAGACAAAGGUCGAUACAAAAGCAUUCGCAAUCCCGUUGCCACUACGUGGCUUACGUCUUUUGAGCAAAUCCAGAAGCAAAAUCCCUUGGCUGCCCACUAUCUCUGCUUCAUGGCCUGUCUUAAAGAGAAGGAUAUCUUAAUCUCCUUCUUUCCUCCAGCAUCAAACGUCGAGCAGCAAAAAGCGAUCGGUGUCCUGAGCUCUUAUUCCUUCGUACGCGCCAGAAACGAAGACUCUCGCCUCGAUAUGCAUCGUCUGGUUCAUCUCGCAACAAGAAACUGGCUACAGUCAGUCGGUUCACGCCGGGGGUGGCAACUGCAUGUAUUGAAUUGCUUAGCUGGGCACUUCCCCUUGAUUGACCCAUCGAAUCGGAAUCAAUGGCGAGCAGCAAUACCUCAUGCUCUCCAGAUACUCGAUCUCACCGCCAGCGAAAAUCAGCUUCCCGCCAGAACACAAAUUUUAGACGCGGUAGCCAGAUGUCACAUGGAGGACGGAAGAUACAGAGAAGCCGAGCAGCUUUUCACUGAAGCUCUUGAAAUCUCGGAGACAUUGUAUGGCUCUGAAAACCCAUAUACACUAUGUGUUCGUACCGGACUGGCAGGUAGCUACUCGGCUCAAGGCAAAUCAGCGAAAGCGAUCAAAGUAUCCCAGGAGAUACUAGAAAGGAUAACAAAUAUCUAUGGUUCCGAGAGCCUCGAAGGUACCCGAGCUCUUUUCCAUUUAUCGCGUGUAUACCGCGAGAGUGGUAAUCAUUACAAGGGUCAAGAGAUUUGCAGGAAAGCUAUCCCGCGGUUCCUCAAAGCCCUUGGACCAGGAUCUGCUGAGACAAUGGAUGCGAUCUAUACCCUGAUCAUGACCUAUGUCUCUCAUGGACAGUUCUCGGACGCGACAGAAUUAUCUUUACAGUCAUUGGAUAUCAACAAAAGGGUAGUCGGGGUAGACCAUCCUCGAACGAUCGGGAUUACGAUUGGAACUGCCCGGAUGUACAUGGAGCAAUGGCGGCUAAAAGAGGCCGAGGCGUUGUUAACAGAAGCACUUGGAAUUCAAAAACGCACAUAUGGGUCUGAACAUCCUGAGACAAUCAACACGAUGAUGUUGCUAGCUAGGGCAUGGGGGUACCAGGGUCGACGCAAAAAGGCCAUUGACAUGCGGACAGAGUGUAUUCGGAUCAAUAGCAAAUUGCACGGUUCAGAUCAUUGGGUUACAGCGAGUUUUCGCGCGGAAUUGGAGGAAUUGACGAACCCUAAAACACUCUAUUCCUUCAUGAAAACACAUUUGACUAUCUUCCGGCGUGCGGACAUGCUGUUGGAACGGAGGACCAGAUAUCCUAAAGUCCAAGUGUUGGGUCAUUGGGUUUCUCGACCGGCAAAAAGUGACCCAUUGCUUCGCGAAAUCCAAGAAGCUGUAAAGGGCAUGUCCAUCGACAGGCAAGUCUCGAGUGGUGCAGUCACUGCAGUUGAUGGCCAGACAGCCGAAAGGGACCCGGUGCCGUGA